CCUGCGGCCUUGGGCAGCGGCGACGGCAGCGCAGAGGAUUUGGAACUGAGAGCUAAGACCACAAGGAAAACUCCCAGAAAGAACAUUCCAGCAAAAGGAUCAUCCCAAGGUUCUCCAGGCUGAGGUCGGGGGAAGAGCCGAAGCUUCUGCCUUCUCAGGGACUCAAUGGAGAAUCCCAGCAGCCCAGACUCCACAGAUUUGGAGUCCAAGAACAAGACCAAGGAUGAGCCAGAGGAUGAAUCUUUCCAUAUAGUGAAGAUUGAAAGACUCAGCAGUGUUGAUGAUUGCUCCUCUAUUUCUGGGGAAUGGGGUGAAAGUGAGAGCCAGGUAAAAAGUGAGGAAAUAAAACAGGAGAGUGAUGUGAGAAAAAGGGCCAAAAGCCAGAAGAUUCAAACUAGAGACAAAUGUUAUAAUCAUAAGGAAUGUGGGAAAGUCUUCCCACCAUAUUCAAAGUUUUCUGAACAUCAGAAAGUCCAUGCUCUUGAGAAGGCUUAUAAAUGUAAUCAGUGUGGACAAACAUUCACUCACAAGUCAAGACUUACUCGACACCAGAGAAUUUAUGCUAGAAAGAAGUGUCAUAAAGGUAAUGACUGUGAGAAGGCCUUUAGUCAGACCUUAACCCAUGCUUCACAUCAGAUGAUCCAUAUGGAAGAGAAACCAUAUAAAUGUAGAGAAUGUGGGAGAUCCUGUCCCAAAAACUCAAUUCUUAUUAGGCACCAGAGAAUUCAUACGGGAGAGAAGCCUUACAAAUGUAAAGAGUGUGGGAAAGCCUUCACUGAAGUGUCUAAACUGAAUAUACAUCAGAGGAUUCAUACUGGAGAGAAGCCUUAUGAAUGUAAUGAUUGUGGGAAAGCCUUCAAUAGAAGUUCAUCCCUUGUUAGGCAUCAGAAAAUUCAUACUGGAGAGAAGCCGUAUAAAUGUGACAAGUGUGAAAAAGCCUUUACUGAGAGCUCAAACCUUAUUUUACAUCAGAUGGUUCAUACUGGAGAGAAGCCUUAUACUUGUAAUCAAUGUGGGGAAGCCUAUACUAAAAACUCAAACCUUGUAAGGCACAAGAGAAUUCAUACUGGAGAAAAGCCUUAUAAAUGUAAGGAGUGUGGGAAAGCUUUCACUGAGAUGUCAAAACUUACAACACAUCAGAAGAUUCAUAGUGGAGAGAAACCUUAUGUGUGUAACAAAUGUGGGAAAGCCUUUACUGGAAAUUCAAACCUUUCAAAACACCAGAAAAUCCAUUCUGGAGAGAAGCCUUACAAAUGUGCUGAGUGUGGGAAAGCCUUCAGUCAGAGUUCAGUGCUUUAUAGGCAUAUGUUGAUUCAUACUGGAGAGAAGCCUUAUAAAUGUAAUGAAUGUGGGAAAGCAUUCACUCAAUACUCAACCCUUUUCAAGCACGAGAGAAUUCAUACUGGAGAGAAGCCUUAUAAAUGUAAUGAGUGUGGAAAAGCCUACACUCGAAACUCAACCCUUUUCACUCACCAGAGGAUUCAUACUGGAGAGAAGCCUUAUAAAUGUGAGGAGUGUGGGAAAUCCUUCAAUGAGAGCUCUACUCUUACUGUACAUCAGAUGAUUCAUACUGGGGAGAAGCCUUAUACAUGUAGUGAAUGUGGGCUAUCUUUCACUAAAAACUCAUUUCUUGUCAGACACCAGAGAAUUCAUACUGGAGAGAAGCCUUAUAAAUGUGAGGAGUGUGGGAAAGCCUUCAAUGAGAUGUCAAAACUUAAAAUGCACCAGAAGAUUCAUAGUGGGGAAAAACCUUAUAAAUGUAAUAAAUGUGGAAAAGCCUUCACUGAGAACUCACGCCUUUUGAAACACCAGAGAAUUCAUACUGGAGAGAAGCCUUAUAAAUGUAAUGAGUGUGGGAAAGCCUUCAGUCAGAGCUCAAUGCUUAUUAGGCAUAUGAUGACUCAUACUGGAGAAAAACCUUAUAAAUGUAAUGAAUGUGGGAAAUGCUUCACUCAAAAGUCAAGCCUUUUCAUCCACCAGAGAAUUCAUACUGGAGAGAAUCCUUAUAAGUGUAAGGAAUGUGGAAAAGCCUUUCGUAGAACCUCAGCACUUAAUAAACACCAGAGAAUUCAUACUGAAGAAGACAAGCCUUUUAAAUGUAAUGAGGGAGGCAAGAUGGUGGAAGAGAGGCAGCCACCCAAGCUGAAAUCUCCCAAAAUUCCCCUCAAAAAAACUUCAAAAUAACACUUCAAAUCAAAUGUUGGAGCAGCAGAGCCAAAAAAAGGUCAGGGUGAAACAUUUUUCCAGACUAAGACAAUUUAGGAGGUCAGCUCUUUUUUCCAAGGUGGUGUGAUCAGGGAGAGGUGUGGUCCCUCUUCUCUUGAUCUGUGCUCUGCUUUUUACUUAGGGUGGGGUAAAGAUACAAGGACCAGUGCUCCUUGAAAGUCCUUAUAUCCCUUUCCCCACCCUCACCCCCAAACUAUCUCUGAAGACAGCAGCAUAAAGAAACCUCAAGCUUGGGACAGUGCCUCCCUACCUCUAGGUGAGCAGAGCCCAACUUAAAUAUAAAGAUCAAAGUCAAGAUAUAGGUUGGAAAAAUGAACAAACAACAACAACAAAAGAACUUGACACAAAAAGCUAUUACAAUGGCAAGGAAGAGAAAGACACAAACUCAGAAGAAGAUAACUGUGAGAAAAGAGCUACAGCCAAAACCUCAAAGAAAAAUGCUAAUUGGGCCCAAACCCAACAAGAAUAUCUAGAAGAAUUCAAGAGAUAAGAAUGGUAGAGGAAAAUUUGGGAAAAGAAAUUAAAGUGAUGCAAAAAAAUAUGAAAAAAGAAAUAACAGCUUGGAAAAAGAGGCACCAAAAA